AUGGUGUAUGAUUCGUUGACUGACGCUCCUCGCGAUUUCAGGGAGGGUAUUGACUGGUUGGUCGCCCUGAAGGGAACUGAUGCUGAGAAGAACUUGGCGGCUUUGGGUGCCGCAGCCUACAGAUUUCUCUCAGAGAAGCCGGAUGACUCUAACCAGUUGCCAGCUUACAAGAAAGUUGAACUCAUUACUAAAGAGUUCUUGGAACAAGAGGGGCUUAAGAAUAGGCGGCCCAUAAAACUGAUGCUGUCGAGAUUCAAUACACCUAGAGAUGAAAAACCCGAUAGCAUCGCACCGUUCUUUGGAGACUUCGACGGACGCGUUGAUGGGGAGUAUGCAAACGAAUGGCGUAUCACUGCUGAAAACAUCGCAGCGAGAUUGACUAAAUCUGUGAAUGCUUGUGAGAAGUUCCUGAAAGACAUACAGGUACCUGGCAAAUAUAAGUCUGCCUACAGUUCAGAAGCGACGUGGAGUGGAUCAUGUUCUAAAAAGCCGGAAGAAUGCGCUGCAGUCUUCGUGGGGAUUGCACCAAUGUUGUACACAGGGCUAGUGUCUUUGUGGGAAGCGACCGAUGCUGACACCUUUGAAUGGUUGCCUUCUAGGGCGCAGAAGGACUUGGAAGCUUUGUUGAAGGCUUUACGUUACGCAAAGCCAGAAUGCCGAUCUAAAAUGCGUCGUUCAGACGUCGUCAAAGCGUUGAGCGGUGUGGGUAUAGAUGUAUUGGACACGCUCCACCUAUUCGCUGACUUCUGGGCUAUCUAUGGAUCGGGUAAUGAAGGACCCGUAGGUGUGGAAUCUGUAAAAGCUGAAGAACAUGUGGAAGCUGGAGAGUCUGCGGAAAACCUUAGAUGCUGA